AUGGCGCCUCACAAGUCAAAGCCUUCAGCGGUAUUCCGACCUGAAGGUGGACGAAGCCACACUCUGAGCAUUGCACUUCCUGGAAGCAUAAUAGCCAACGCCGUCACUCCCGAUCAGAAGACCAGUCUCGCCGGCCAAAUCGCACGCGCUUGCGCAGUCUUUUGCAUCGACGAGAUCGUGGUGUUUGACGAUGGCCAAGCCGAGACUCGACCGCCGGAGCGUGAUGGCUACACAGCUUUCGCGGAUCCCAACUUCUUCCUGUAUCAUGUUCUGACGUAUUUGGAAACUCCACCGAAUCUGAGAAAGGCUCUAUUCCCUAUGCAUCCGGACUUGCGAACUGCUGGUGCUCUUCCAAGCUUAGACAUGCCCCAUCAUCUCCGCAGCGAUGAGUGGUGUGAGUUUCGCGAGGGUGUAGCCACCAGUCCAGCGCGAAGUGGAGGAACUCUGGUCGACUGCGGUCUGCCUCAGAAGGUUUCUAUACCUGUCGAACUCGAUUCCAAUACACGUGUGACUGUGCAACUGGAAUCAGACGUCGCGCAGGAUGGCCUUUUUAUGGGUACCGCGGUGUCACCUGAGAUGCCUCGCGAGUCGGCUGGGUAUUACUGGGGAUACAAUGUGAGGCAGGCAGCAUCGCUCGGCUCUGUGUUCACCGAAUGUUCCUUUGAUGGAGGCUACGAUGUCAGCAUCGGUACCAGCGAGCGUGGUAAACCACUCAGUGCUAUCAUCCAGAACGACAGCCCUGACCACGUGGAGCCGACGUGGAAUCAUUUGCUGGUCGUGUUCGGAGGUGUCGCCGGACUGGAAGCUGCAUUGAAGGCGGACAAGGAGCUGCAAGCUGCCGGCGUUCAGAAAGCUGCAGACCUCUUUGAUUGCUGGGUUAAUCUGGUCCCAGGACAGGGAAGUCGCACUAUCAGAACGGAAGAAGCUGUCUGGGUGGGAUUGACCGGUCUGAGAGGACUCGUGGAGACACGGAAGCACGCUUGA